UUUCCCUGGCUUCAAUCCUUUUGCCUCUUAUACCGUCGCAACCGCUCUUUACCAACAAAUACUUUUCCUUUCUCCGGUGCACCACCUACUACACACAAUUCGAUGGACGACGGAAUAAUAUAUCAACUGGAAGAUGCACAACAGUUUUGGGCAGAAUUGGAUGAUAUUCUGACCAGAGGUGAUAGAAGUGCCGAAGUUGCACGCGGGUGUGUUGAUUUGUAUAUUGGGCUUGUUGCUAGUCACCAAGACGACUUUCUAGACACCACAACUUCAGCUGACCUCGCCUCGUGUUGUUACAAGCUUCUGGAUUCCUCUUUAUUUUCUAAAUAUAAAUCCAAGAUCACGGAAGGCAUCAUAGAUCGUGCAGCUAGACACGGUGAUCUAAACGAUCUAUAUGUGACUUAUCACAUUCUUCUGCUCGGUGGGAAAGAAAAUCCAGAGAUUUUUAAGAUGGUGUUGGCAAGAAGAAAGCGUGAGAUAUUUGCAAAAUUGAAAAAACAGAUUUGUGAACUAGAAGGUCACAGAAUACAACAAAUCGCGAUUGAAUUGAUGUUUGAAAUAUGUCACUUUCAGAGAUUGCCCGAAGAUGAUUUGAGCAUGGUGGAUACACCAUUCAUCAACUAUCUCUUGGAUCUCGUUGAAAAAACACGUGAUGACGCAGAUGAGACGUUUAACUAUUCAAUAAUAAAACUCAUUGUAAGCUAUGCAACUCAUUUGAGUGCAUUCAACGAACAAUUUCUGCGAUCUCCUUCAUCGAACAGUGUUAACAGUUCUUCCCCAGCUACGCCUGAUAACGUGGUGUUGCAGGUACUAGGGACGAGAAUCGGGACAAGCAAAACGUUUGGGGAAAACGUGAUAUUCAUGCUGAAUCGUUGCGUGGAACCAAACAUUCAAAUGAUAAUUCUCAAACUUUUGUAUGGAUUAUUCAAUACUCCCCAAACUUACGAGUUUUUCUACACCAAUGAUCUAAGAGUGUUAUUAGACGUAUUUAUACGGGAAUUAUAUAACCUACCGGAUGAGAGACAUUACGUAAGUAUAGAGAAGGUCAAAUCAAAUACUGAAGAUGGUGUCAGGGAGUAUAUAAAACUUUUGCCACCAAUUCGUCUUGCAUCUUUUAUUCUCUAUCAACUUCGCUAUAAGCAGGAUCAGAUAUACAGUUUAUUAAUGGACCUCAUUGGUGCUAAUGCUCAAAAUUUUAAGCCCGUUGACAACGGCACUGAAGAACUAGUACGUGAUUGUCUAUUGGUAGGGUAUUUGGACGGAGUCAUUCAGAAUGGAAAUGUAGGUGGUGAAAAUGUGAAUGGAUGCGCUAAUGAGACCAAUAGUCAUACUGGAAGCAUCUCAGAAGCACAUUCUUCUUCUCAUGGAAAUGAUGGAACUAACAGUGCAAAUAACGACGGUAUCGGUAACAAUGCAACUGAUGGUGCUAAUAAUGCAGGAAGUAAUGCUGAGGGAGCUGUUGUCGCUGGAGCAUAA